AAAUUUCUGACAAGGUUGGAUAUUUAACCUGAGUGUCACUUACUGUGACAAGAAUAUUUUUCUUCAAAUCAAACAAAUAACAUUUAACAACGUAUAAAUUCAGUCAUCCAUCUACCAUUUAAAAGUGCACAACUAUUUUAGUACGAGAAUGGACUCCCCCCACACAAACAACAUUAAAUGUUCUCCCACAGAGAGUAGAAAAUGCCUGUGAAGGCAGAGGGCAUCUCAAAUGCAAACACUGAGAAACCAAGGGUCUUAGGGCUUUCAGAGGUCUGCCCAGUUCCUCCUUCAGCAUCGCAUUUUAUCCCAUCUCCCUGCAAGCGGUGGAACAUGGAGAGGAAAGCGAGUAAGCUAGAUGGCGCAGUUGCUCAACACAUUUUUCCGGCAAACUCCACAGCUUCUGGGCCAGGUGGAAAGAAGACCCAAAACUUAAACCGAAUUUCAGGAUUAAGCCACCGAUUCUCCACCCAUCACAGGUAAAGCUCCGUGCGUUUGAUGGAGCGUCGCACAUCCUGAUAUCCCAAGGGAAAAGGUCUGGAACUGGGGUUCUUCCACUCCUCCCAGGAUAGCCUUUAGGACGCAGGCAAGCGGGUAGUCCCUGGAAAUGACCAUCGCAGAGGCGUCCUGGCUGUUUGUCUAGCCAUUAGGCAGGCGACAAGCGGUGCGCGCUCGAUCUGGCAGCUAAUGCCGGUUGCUUCGCUGACCCCUCACUCAAGCCUGGAUCACGGGACGUCCCCUCGUCCCUGCAGCCUGCGCUACCGGCCAGGCGCAGGUAAAGGGUUACCCGGGGCUGGGAGGCUCGCUCGCUGCCCGCCCACGUGACGCACCGGCCCAAUGACCGCGGCCCGGCUGCAGCAGCGCGGAGGGCUCCGGGAGGCACUGACCCACUCGCGUGUCCCAGCGCGGACGCCCGAGGCCCGCGAAGCCAUGGGCGCCCCGACCCUGGAGACGCCGCCCCGCCUCAGGAAGAGAAGUCAAACACCGUAGAAGCCCAAUGGACCCCAGCUCCCCAGCAGAUGGUAACGAAAAAUAAUCCAGAUGGGGUGCAGGUGCUGUAAGAUGAUACACAGCUAUCUCUUCGACCCAGUUCAAGUGCCCUCCCCUGGCUUUGUCAACGAAGUAAACAGCUGCAAGUUGGAGGAGGAGGACACUGUCAGACUAAAAGGCACCCAGAAUAGCGAGUUUGAGGUGCCCAGGAACGCGCUGCAUGCUGGGAGCCUGAGCAAGCCAGAAAACAGAGAUAAUAUAUCUGGUCUACCUCACCAAGGACCACUCCCUCAGGAGGACUCAGAAGAGAGACACUGUGCAGAGAAGCAGGGUAUUGUCAAUGGCAUCAGCCCCACUGCCAGUCUGCACUUGGUCAGGCCCCACCAAGAUGACGGUGGCUCCUGGGCCAGCAGCCCCUGGGCAGGCUCUAUAGACAGUGCUCACCCAGCUCAACCCUUCCUCGAAGGAGAGGACUGCAGGAAGCAAAGUCACACGGUGCCCACCUCGGAAGAGACCCAGACGGUGGGACACGGAGACUGCAGAACCCCUGCUGAGGUCUUGGCGGUGGCUGACCACAUCCUACACAUACCAGCCCCGGAUUACCCCCAGCUCUGGAGCCCCACGGUAGACCGUGAAGACCCUGAAGAAAAGGAUUAUCUUUUUGAGAACCGCUCUGAGGUGGAGCCCCUGCCGGCAAUUCACCCCAGCGUGAGUGAGCAGGGUUUGAACCUGCCCUUCUCCCUGAAGAGAAGCUGGGACUCACUGAAUGAGGCAGGGCCAACAGAGGUUCUGAAUGUCUGCUUUAAAGAAGAGGGUCCCGCUCACCCUCCGUCAGUGGUGGAUUCUAGAAGUGAGCGGGAAGUCCCCCACACCUACAAUGGGGACAGGGACAGGGUUAUGGUAGAUGAGGACGCUGAGGUGGCUGAAGCCCUUGCAGCAUUAGAAGCUGCGACUGCAGGAGAAGAUGCAGACGAGGCAGAUUAGGGGAGGGGCUAGGUGAAGGGCCCCAAUAAGGUAAGAGAAGCAGGUGGACACGGGGCUAACCACUCUGCGGGCAUCCCCAGGCAGCCUAACCAGCUGCCCACUUGUUUACAUCUGUUCUCUCCCCGUCGCCAGUACCUGUGCCAGGCUGCCGACUGUCUACGGCACCCCUCUGUGCAGCUGGACUCUGACUCAGAAUGCUAGAAUCAGAGUUAAGUGUGGGCCAUCACGACCAUGUCCACAACAAAUGCAGAAGCUAGGCAGCUUGCUUGCUGGCCCUAGAAGCUCCCCUAGAACAUCUGUCCAGAUGUGCAUGAGAAUGCCCUGAUAUAUAUCCCUGCACCCGAUCCUAGGGGCACACAAACAUGGGCCGAGCUAUUUGAAUGUAUUUCUUUACCUUGUUUUUUUGAGAGCCAAAUAUGUCACCCGACCUAGAUAGGGUAACUAUCCACUUAAAGUGCCUACUGUAUACCAGAGGUUAACUUCAGGAACAGGCACCCAGGGAACUACUCACUAACCACUUGUUGGACAUCCGGUUAAGCUCUGCAGCCUUCAGGGUGAACCGGAUGUGGCCAGUGAACAAACGGUUAGUCCUUAGCUGUGCUAUGAAAACACCUUCACCUUAACUUUUUUUACACGAUUACUUUUUAACCUCCUCUAGGAUGCGGGGUCUGGCCAAAAUAUUUCUUAAAAACAAGUGUCAUGUUUUAGUUUCAAGUUCAUGCGUGUUUUGGAACAGCAAAGUCAUUUGUGGAGGGGUUUGUGUCAUUAAAUGUCUGGUAAAAGCA